UUUCGUUUGUUUUCGUUGAUGAAUUGAGGAAGUGAAUUUUACAUCAAAUGCGGACUUGAAAUGAUAGAUCACCGGGUUUCUAACUUUGUAGCAUCGCGGCAGGUAUCACAUUAAAACUGUGCAUGUUUCGGAGCAGACUGCGUGCUUUACGGUAGAUGACCUCAGUUAGCCCAGUGCUCUUUCAAGCGCUGUUAAAAACAUUUAGUGCGAUUUCGACCUAACGUCACUGGACCAGGAAAUAAAACGCAACACAAGGCAGCAGAUGAAGAACUGAUGCUGAUGAAAAAGAGAAACCAUACGUGUUUGAUAGUGUCCAGCAUGGCUUUAUUAGCCGUGCUCAUGAUGGUGCUGUACGGCACCAUUGGCACCCAGCCUCCCGUCACCUCCAGCCUCAAACAUGACUACCAGCUGCUGGGCAGACCUCUGUACAGACUGGACCUGGGCUGGCCCAAGAACCCAGAGGUGUUCACCGGGGACGUGUUUGCAGUGGCUGUUAACCAGUAUUCUGCUGUGGUGUAUGUGGCACAGAGAGGUAACAAUGUGCCCAAGGUGCUGGUGUUCACCACAGAUGGAGAUUUCCUCAUGUCCUGGAAUACAACCACCCUGGAGAUGCCUCAUGGCAUGUUUUUGGCAGACGCUGCCUCGUCAAACCCUACAGUGUGGAUCACAGAUGUGGGGAGCGGCCCAUACGGCCACUGCAUCAAACAGUACUCAUCAUCUGGGAAGCUCCUGCAGGUGCUUGGUACGCCAGGGAAGGCAGGUACUGGGUUGAACCCUCUGCAGUUUGACCAGCCGGCUGAGAUCUUUGUCCACGACUCAGGAGAGAUGUACAUUGUGGAUGGUGAUGGCGGGAUGAAUAACCGCCUCAUUAAGCUGUCCAAAGAUCAGGAGGUAGUGUGGAUGCAUGGAGAAAAAGGACAACGCCCGGCUCAGUUCUACAUCCCCCACAGCGUGACCGUAGACAGCGCCCAGAGGGUCUGGGUGGCCGACAGGGGGAAUAAGAGGAUCCAGGUUUUUAACUCCAUCACCGGAGACUGGUUGGGGACAUGGGGGAGCUGCUUCACAGAGGAUGCACCCUACUCAGUUCGCUUGACCCCGGACAAGAAGUACUUUGUUGUUGUCCAGCUUAACACCCACCAGAUCUCAAUGCUGGAUGCCCCACCGGUGGGUUUGAUUGGCCAGUGCAGAGUGGUCAGUGUGAUCCAGCUGGCUGAUGAAGUGAAGCCCCACCUGGUGGACCUGGACCUGAAGACAGGGGCCCUAUAUGUGGCUGAGAUUGCAGCUCAGCAGGCCCAGAAGUUCACCCCCUUCAGUCUGGGUGGAAGCAUCUAGUAGUGCCACAAUUGGAAAUGGAGUGAUCGAUCAGACACAAACUGCGUCAGUCAUAAGCAUUACCAGUUAUCUGAAACUGGACUGAAAAUGUCCACGUCUGUUAUUGUAAUUUGCAGUCAUGUGAUCAGGAAAAAGAAUCACAAAAUGAUUCUUUGAUGAAGCCUAAUAAAAUAAUAAAUAAUAAAAAUAAAAAGAUUUAGAUGUCUAAGGUAUCACCUGACAACCCUGUCUCAUAGAAAUUACCUUUGUAUUAUAAUACAGGUUUGCAACAGUAUUCAUGUUUCAAAAGAAACAUAAUGCUGUAUAAACACCUUUUUUUUAAUCAACAAAAUAAGAAAAGGUGUUUGUUUCUGCAAAGUUGCAAAAUGUUCAUACUGAACACAGUUUCAAAACAUCCACAAAAUCUGACAACGUGUGUCUUUUAUUUUCUUACAAUAUCCGCUCAUAGAUGGCCUGGUUAGUGUUCUAUGCUUUUGUUUAGGCAACACACAGCACUUAGUCAAAGGUUAGAGGAAUCUUGUUUUGUUACGUGUUUUCUUUUUGAUUAAUCGACCAAAACUUCAAAAAGUGUUGUAGAAACCCAAUCUCAACCUUAUGUGGGACGCAGCAAACCUUAAUCUCUGGUGUCAAAGUCCUGCAUUACAAAAAAGCAGCACCUCAGGGACUUGAACAAAGUUGACAGUUGAUGACAAAGUAUGCACUGUACAUCUAUAUAAAGAGAAAAUAAGAGAAAUAAAUUAUAAGACCUGAGAGUGAAUCAACAGAUUCUUAAAGGGAUAGUUCAAAUUUUUUGAACUGGGGUUGUAAGGGAUAUUUAUCCAUAGUCAGUUUAUUACAUACAGCAGGAAUCAGUCGGCACAGCCCAGCUUGGAGAAGCAGGCUGGAGUCCAGCACGAAAGCUAAGCUAAAAUAGGCUAUGUUUUGUUGCUGGCCCCUCCACAGCAGUACAUCGCCUCGCCUCCGUGUCGAAUUCCAGCCUGCUUCUCCAAACAGGAGGUGUGUCGACUGACAUCUACUGUAGGUAAUACACUGACUAUAAAUAUGUACCUGAUACAACCCUACUUCAAAAGGUCUGAAUUAUCCCUUUAAUAUUAAAGGACCAGAAUCAGGACCAACAUAAUCAGUGCAUCCCUACUUUCAAUUGAGCCAUUUGACAUGUGAAUGAGAAAUGCAGAAACAAUCCCUUCAAACAGAGGCUUAUUUUAAGGGGUCCCAUGUGCCAGGUUGUCCUGUUCACCAAUGCAUUCACAGUAUUUGGCAAAAAAAUGUAGUAUAUAAAUGUCAUUUUUUUGAGACAGGGUUUCCUCUGACGAAGCAUGUGCUGGUUUAAAAAGUUAUUAAUAUUCAGUGUUCAGUACUACAAUGGAAUUCAAUGUGGAAAAUAUUUGGUAACACUGUACUUAUAAAACAAUGUAAGGACUGGGCACGGGUCAAUUAAAUAAUUCGUUAAAGUACUUGUGUAAAGUGUGAAACCAAGCCAAUUCUACUAUUACACUAUAUUAUGCACUUAAUGAAAACCAGGUUUCUUUACAGUAGAUAAAGGUAAUUUUGCUGGUUAUUUAUUAUCAAUGCACUGUUAUCAAUGAUUGCUAUUCUAAGGUGAACAUAUGGCUAAUGCAUUUAUCAUUGUUUUUUGCUGUGUGUGAAGUGAAGUGCCAUCUGUAAUUUUCAUGACUUUGCAGCAGUUUCCUUUCCUCACUGCAGACUCUUGAAACUCUAUUGUGCUUUUUGCCGGUUCAGACUUUUGCCAGUAUAUGGCUGUUUCUAAAGACAUUUGUAUGAUUACACAUGUAAACAUGUGUAAAAGGCCAGAGCUGAACUGCCUAGCGGGCUGUUUGACCUGAGAUGUCUAUAAUUAUCAAAGCAGCACUUAAUAAUGCAGUGAAUAAAUAAAGUGUCUGAUGUUUAAUUCUUUCUGAAAAAUGAUUUGCUAUUGUAGGUCUAUAGUUAAUCUUGAUAUAUCAUAUUACUGUCUUGCAGUGUAUUUGCUGUACUACAGAAUCACCUGUAUUUUGAUAUUAUCAUUGUUAGGAAAACAUUGUGCUUGCUUAAUUGCUUUUUCAGUGUUGCCACUAUGAGUCACUGUGCAGGCUGUGUGGGAAAAUGAAUUAUUUGUGAUUUCCCUGGAGAUUCAGUGAAGUAGGAAGUGAUACUUGUGGCCACUUGCUGCUGUCGGUUCAAAAGUCCUUCAGACAGUGACAGAAGACAAGCUACUCCCACACUGUAUAGAGCUGUGGGAUUGUUGCACUUAUGCUCAUUGCAUCCUCUAUUCAGUACAAGCCUCUGUCCAAUAACUGAGCUAAAUGUGAAUCAUACAACUUGUGUUUUCAAGCCCUGGCUUAAAUUCCACUACAGAAGAGACUUGAUGAUCACUAAAAUUAGGAAGGGAAAAAAGUGGAUAUAUCGAUACUAGUAUUGGUCAUCAGUCAAAUAAGUUCUUAUAUAUCAGUAUAUCGGACAUUGGCAAAAAAUCCAAUAUUGUGCAUCCCUAGUUGUCUUACGUCUCGCACAGCUCUGCAGGAGCUUUGUCUAAGAAAAUAGAUCUCAGUUUGGGCUUGGAGACGUCAAAUCUUAAAUAAGUAGCCUGCGUUACUGACGGUGUGGAUUAUGAAAAGAUGUGGGCAUUUGCAAGGUAGGCUUGGUCUGCAGAAGAUGCUAUUGCAUUAUGGGAAAUGUAGAAUUCAGCCUUUUUGAAAUUUUGACUAGAGUCAGGACAUCUCCCCAACUGUAUGGAAGUGUAAUACUGCAAUAAUAAUAAUAAUACUAAUCACUAGUAAAAAUGAAAUGUUAGCAUUGUACAUUUCUGCAAACCACGGAUAUGUUACAUUUGUUCGUUAUUAUGUAGCAGGUACAUUGGUUAUAGUUAGGAAAAUAUUAU